UCUUGAUUUCUUCUGAUUUUUUUCCUUUGGACUUUGCCUUGUCAUGUCAAGAUGGAAGUCAGGCAUGACUGGCUCUCCUCAUCCCCCCAUGAGGGCUUCGAGCAGAUGAGGCUGAAGAGCAGACCCAGGGAGCCUUCCCCAAGCCUCACCAGAGUAGGUGCGAACUUCUACAGCACUGUCAAGCAGCAGGACUACAGUGCCAGUGUCUGGCUGAGGAGGAAAGACAAACUGGAGCACUCCCAGCAAAGAUGCAUUGUGAUCUUUGCACUGGUAUGCUGCUUUGCAAUUCUGGUUGCACUGAUAUUUUCGGCAGUGGAUAUUAUGGGAGAAGAUGAGGAUGGACUCUCAGAAAAGAACUGUCAAAAUAACUGUCGGGUUGCUCUUGUGGAAAAUAUUCCUGAAGGGAUCAACUAUUCAGACAGUGCACCAUCCCAUUUGUCUCUUUUCCAAGGCUGGAUGAAUUUGCUUAAUAUGGCUGAAAAGUCUGUUGACAUAGUAUCUUCCCAGUGGGACCUCAAUCACAGUCAUCCAUCAGCAUGCCAGGGUCAGCGUCUUUUUGAAAAGCUGCUGGAACUGGCGUCCCGAAAUAUUGAGAUAAAGCUCGUGAGCGAUAAACUGCCCGUGGAAUCCAAGGUAUUAAACGACUUGAAAACAAAGGGUGCUGAAGUGUUGUAUAUGAACAUGUCUGCAUACAAUGAAGGUCGGCUUCAGUCGUCGUUCUGGAUUGUUGAUAAACAGCACGUAUACAUUGGAAGUGCCAGCCUAGACUGGAGAUCGCUGGGACAGAUGAAGGAACUUGGCGUCAUCGUAUACAACUGUAGCUGCCUGGUCCUGGAUUUACAAAGGAUAUUUGCCCUGUACAGCUCAUUAAGGUAUAAGAAUAAAGUACCUCCAAGUUGGUCUAAGAGACUCUAUGGAGUGUACGAUACUCAAAAUAAACUGACGCUGCAGCUGAAUGAGACAAAAUCGGAAGCUUUUGUGUCGAACUCACCUAAACUCUUCUGCCCCAAGGACAGAGUCCUGGAUAUCGAAGCUAUCUACAGUGUUAUUGAUGAUGCCAAGCAGUUUGUGUACAUUGCUGUCAUGGACUAUUUGCCCAUUGUCAUCGACACCAACGCCAAACGGUACUGGCCGUAUUUAGAUGGGAAGAUAAGAGAAGCAUUAGUUUUACGAAGUAUCAAAGUACGACUUCUCAUAAGUUUCUCAAGAGACACAGAUCCCCUUACUUUUAACUUUGUUUCAUCUCUGAAAGCUAUUUGCACUGAAGUUCCAAGCUGUAGUUUGAAAGUUAAAUUCUUUGACCUUGAGGAAGAGAGUGCCUGCUUCCUUAAAGAACAGAAGAACACUUCGCUUCCCAAAUUGAAUCGUAACAAAUACAUGGUGACUGAUGGAGCGGCCUACAUUGGUAAUUUUGAUUGGGUAGGAAAUGCUUUUACGCAGAAUGCUGGAGCUGGCCUUGUUAUCAACCAAGCAGACGCGGGGAACAGCACAAGCAUCAUUAAGCAACUCAAGGCUGUUUUUGAAAGGGACUGGUAUUCACAUUAUGCCAAAAGUUUACAACCAACAAAAAUCCCAAACUGCUUUAACCACAAACUCAAUAAAGGAACUUCAAAUAAGACUUCCAUGAGCAAUGUGAAUUAGAAAGACUAUUUUACCGUUUAGUAUGGCAAUGAAGAAUUAUGUUGGGGUGUAGCCUUCUUUCAUAUUUACAGACAAAAGACUUAAAGAAAAAGAAAAAAAAAAAAGAAGUUUGGUUUGGGGGGGUGUUUUUAGGAAAAGCACACUUAUAUUAAAUCUGUCUAACCUAUAUUCUCUAUAUGGAUUAUUUAAGACUUUCAAAUUUCUUACUUCUGACACUGAAUGUCAUUUCUGCUUCCAUGUAAAUUUUAAUGUUCCACAUUUGAAUUUAUCAGCAUGUGUCAAUGUUUCUGUUUUAGGACUUUCCCCAAUUGCCAACCUGGCUAGAGCAAACCUUGGGGCAAAAUGAAGAUUCGAGCUAUGAAAUGGCAUUCUAAGAUCAGUUAUUAUUGACAUUCAGAUGGAUGGUAGGUUUACUGUAAUAGAAAAUGUAAAGGAAUUA